AGAGAGAGAGAGAGAGAGAGAGAGAGAGAGAGAGAGAAUGGCCUUACAGUGGAUCAUAUUGACAUACGUGGUGGCAGCUGAAGCAGCAAUAGCACUUCUGCUGACCAUUCCUGCCCCAAAUGUCUUGAAAUCUCGCAUCGUUUCUCUCGUUUCGUUCAUCAUCCGACCUACCAUCGGCAUAGUUCCAUUUGCCGCUUUUCAGCUAUUAGACAUCUAUUGGAAGAACGAGCAUCGGCUGAUGUGCACAUCUGAGAUCUGCACCGCCACCGAGAGGGAUCGAUACGAGAAAGCUUUAUACAAAUCUCAAGGGAAUGUUAUUCUUUGUGCAGCUGCAUGCCUCCUUUAUUGGUGUGUGCACCGCUACUGUAAAUACUACCAGGAGAUCCAGAGAUUGGAGGGAGUUGUGAAGAAGUACAAGGAACAGUAGUUUGCUGUGCCAUUGUUUCUUUUGAAUGAGUUGGGAGAUAAAUCCUGUACUCUCGCUAUAACUACUUUGUAGACUCUUAUGUAGAAGUAACUGUGAUGCCAUGGAACUUCCAUCUUUUGCUGCAAUCAACUCCAUAUGUACUUGUACAAUGUUGAGAAUCAUCAUAGUAUAUUGAUCUUACUUCGGGAUUUAAGUUUACAAA